AGAGUUUAUCGACAAUAAAAUAUUAAAGAGGGCUCUAUAAUAGGGUAGUUGAUCUCUUCAUUUUAAUAUAUUAUAGGAUGGAACUUUACCUCGUCGUUUAUAUUGAGAAAACCCAACACCACCACCAUUUUCAUCGCCAAAUUUGAGAAAGCUUAAGAUUUCUCGUAAUUUUUGCAAAUAUCCAUGUCCAGGAUUCAUCCGACCGAAAAGUUCUCGCCGGGAGAUUCUCAUCCUCCAAGUCCGCCCUCUCUCUUCACUUUGUGGAAGAGAUCCACCAUGAAUUUCCAAGGAACUGAUGGAUUUACAGUUUUUGAUCACCGCGGCAAAUUGGCUUUCCGGGUGGAGAAUUACGCCAGAAAUAGGUGUUUCGCCGCUGCUGGCGGACUGCUUCUCAUGGACGGAUCGGGGAAGCCUCUAUUGACGGUGAAACCAAAGGCAUUGAGCAUGAAGAAUCAGUGGAAUGGAUACAGAGGCGAACUCGAUUGUUCGAAGAAUGCGACGCCGUCGAGGCUAUUCACGAUGAGAAGACCUUCCUCAAAUCUAAUUCACACGAGUGCAUCCGAGGCAGAAAUCCACAUAGAUGAAAGCAACCAAACAGCGCCACCAGAUUUCAAAAUCGAGGGAUCAUUUGGACGACGGAGUUGCAAGAUCACCAGAGGCGCCACCGGCGAGGUGGUGGCUAAGAUAUCGAGAAAAACAGUAAAUGCGACUCUUGUGUUAAGCAACGACGUGUUUACUCUAAUGGUGCAACCUGGUAUGGAGCCAGAGCUUGUAAUGGCCUUCGUAAUUAUCCUAGAUCGCAUUUGUAUCAAGCCAUUUUCCCCUCUUCUAUGUUCAUAACUAUAAUGUCUCCGAUGUAGUUUGCCAAUUUUUAUGUAACAUCUUUUUUGAAACUGUAUGCUGAAAUCUAUUAACAAAUCCUCAAAUUCA